AUGGUGGGUACAGAUGAAGCUGAAAAGUUUAUAUCAGGAAUCACCCAACAGCAGAUUUUUCACACAUUUCUUGAGUCACUAUCUGUUGACGGUGAAUCAAAACUUGUCUCACAGAAUAAAUUGGUCUGCAGAAACAAUUUAGAUUUGUUUUUUGCUAAUGAAAACCUAGUAAGAUGUUGUACUAUUAAUCCUGAGUAUACGAAUUUUAGAUUAUUGGACAAUAAAUAUGAUGAUUUUAAAAUAAGGUCGUUAGAGAUGAACUCUCUGGGAUCAUUGAUGGCUAUUAUUGGUGAUACUGAAUUGGUUGUUGUCAGCUUGCCAACGUCUUUAACCUCCAGUAACUCUUCGUUAUUGCAAGUGAAGUCGUAUAAAAUUCACGGUAUUGAGGGUCAAAUAAAGAAAGUGGUCUGGCAAUCAAUUGUUGCUAAUGAUUGUUGUUUUGUCGUAUUGAAUGAUAAAUCUCAAAUCAAGUCCUAUGAUUUAUCGCUUUCCUCUCACGAGCCACAAUUGUCAAUUGAUUUAAACAAGGAGAAUGCAUUUAAAGGAGAGACUGCUCUGUCAAUUUCGUUUGGCUCUGAAGCUAAUUUAUCUGGCUCAUUAACGUUGUACGUAGCUGCCUCGUCUUCAAAUGUAUUUGCAAUUUAUCCUUUCAUUCAUAAACAAGGAAGCAUAGCCACAACCAAAACUAAUGUUCAGGAUUUACUAGAUGAAUCUGCAUCAUUGAUUACAGCAAUUCAAGGGAAGUUUCCAUCAACUGAUUUGGUUCAAUCAAGUAACCAAAAUGGAUUGAACCAUACAUCUAUGCAACAAUAUGCUUACAUAUCAUCGUUGUCUAAACAAUUUGAAACCUCUCUUACCCCAAGGAAAGAAUAUAGGCACUUGCUAUCUGCAAAUCCGCUCGAAUUGUCAGUUUUAACACAAGAAUUGCCCAGCAACUUUAGUCCAGUUGUCCAAGGGCCUGUAACUAUAGUGAAGGAUAAAACCCUCAAAGAUUUAGCAUGCAUUGCUUCGAAUAAUAGCAUUUCAAUUUUGGCAGCCAUUUCGAUUUCCAAGUCAAACGAAACAUAUCUAAGCUAUCAUUCCCAGUUAAAGCCUUUAAUAAUGCAGUUUGAAAAUAAUGAUGAGUCUUUGGGUAAUGAAAACGUAACGCCUGUGAAAAAUUCUCAAAUAGAAGCAAAUAAGAGUGAAUCUAUUAAUAAAAAAGGCUACAUCAGACCGAAGAAGGGUUUUGGCUAUAUUGACGAAGUCGAACUAACGAAUGAAGAAGAAGAAGAAUCAAUUCCUCAUACUAAUAGCAAAGAAGCUGAAACAAAAAACCAUGAAGCAGAAAUACUAUUUUGGAAGGAUGAAUUCACUGAGUUAAGUACCUUAGCUAUUGAUCAACUCCCUAUUGGUGCUUCUGAAAAUGUUUCAUUGAAUAGUUUAAAUUCUGAGCAAUCAAAAGUUUCAAUUAAGAUUGGAAAUAACAUAAUAUACUUCGAUUGUGGAAGAUGGUGUGAAGAACUAGUUCUUGAUAUUUCAAAUGGCCACACUCCUCAAAACUUAAGUGCUGUCAGCAAUUAUACUUUAGUAGCUGAAGGUGCACAAGAAAUCAGUAGCUUAGCCUUGAUUAAAGAUACAAUGAAUGAAGCAGGCGAUUUCUUAAUAAUAUUGAAGAAGAAUAAAGACAAUAACUUAGAAGUUAAACAAGUAUCCGAAAGCACUGCAUCAACACAAAAGUCUGAGAUUAUUGAUAUUGAUACUAUAAUAGAUAAGGUAAAUCAUGAAUCAAUAUUGAUAAAGGAACCAUUUGAUGAGCUCUUAAGUGAAUUAGAUAUUUUGAAACGGGUGAACCCAGAAACCCUUAGCAAAUCGUUGUCUAUGAACAAAGACUUACUUGGAGCACCGGUAUAUGGUACUAAUACAGAAAUGUUGAAAAAUCUCAACUACCUUUCUACGGAAACAAUACAACAAAUAUCGAAAUUUACUUCAUUUGCAAUACAUUUGAACUUGAGAGUUACGACUCAAAUUGAUGAACUAAAAAGCCAGAUCGAUAAUUUGCAAAGAAUCCAAAAAAUUGGCUUAGACAAAGGUACAUUAGAUUCUAAAAAUAAAAAGGCUAAUGAUUUAAUUUCUAAGCAAAAAAGAAUUGAUGAAAGAAUUGACAAGUUGCAAAAGAAGAUUUUUAAUGCUAUCCAAAAGAUGAGAUAUUCAAAAUCUUUACCUCUUUCAGACGCUGAAAAGCUAUGGUUUAAAGAAAUAAAUUCUGUCAAUGCACAGAUAUCUCACGAUACCAACGAUACUAAGUGUUUGAAUAGUGUUGUGGAAAAUAUGUCUUCUCAAGUUUCAAAAAUAAUUAAAAGUGUCAAAGAGGGAGAGCAACAACCAGAAGAGACGCAGGAAUUUGAUGAUAAAUUGAAAAACCUUCAAGAACAUCAAAAUAUAUUAAAGUUGAAGCAAUGGUUGCAAGAAGAGAACGAGCUUAUUGUACUCGCCAAAGAUAAAUUGGAUGAAAGUCUUGAACAAUUAAGGUUAUAA